AUGGGCGGCCCAUACGUGCCCCCAGGCCAGUCGCCGCCCUUCGAGGUCGUCGAUGAAUUGCAUCACGGGGCAUGGGUGAUUAUCACAGCUGCGCUGGGACUGGUAAUCUCCCUGGUCUGCUUCCUCAUUCGACUUUAUGUGAGACUUAUGCUCAUCCCGCCGUUCGCGAGGGAUGACUGGGUAUUAUUGGGUGCUACUGCUCUCGCCGUAAUACAAUCAAGCCUGGUAUUUUACGCCUGUUCGCGUGGAUUCGGGACAUCGCUUGCUCUUCUAAUCGACGGUCGACUCAAUCAGAUCCAGGCAUUAAUCGCUACAAGCGAUAUCCUCGCUCUGUUCAUCAUAUAUCUCUCCAAAUGCUGCGUCGUGGCUAUCUACCUCCGCCUCACGCCGCAAAAACCACAUAAUCGAGCAUCGUGGGCGACGUUAGCCCUAUGCACGGCUUGGAUCAUCCCGGCUAUAUUUAUCGUGUUGAUCAACUGUGAACUUAAUACUCCCUGGCGGGGAGACGGCGGUCAAUGCAACAACCUAUUCCAAAGAUGGCAGUUCAUUGCCGCCGUCGAUGUGAUCACCGAGCUCCUCCUCUUCAUCCUGGCAGUCUUACUCCUAAAAGGUCUUUUCAUGUCUGUCAGACGCAAAUUAGCCAUCGGCUUUGCUUUUAUAUUCCGUUUCCCUCUAAUAAUAUUCUCUCUAACUCACUAUUUCUCCCUGAACCACGCUCUUAAAAACAAAGACACAACCCUCGCCUCCGUCAACCCCGCUCUCUGGAUGCAAGUCGAACUCCACUACGCCCUAGUCGCAUGCAGCGUCUUCUGCCUCCGGCCCUUUAUGGCAGCGGUAAGCACAAACUACGGCACAGCAGGCGAUUCAACAUUGGAGAGCAGUGCAAAGGGAAGCUCGAAGGAUCAAUCGGGCUCAGGAACCGGGACUGGGUCCGGAUCAGGAUCGAGGUCUGGUUCAAAUUCGGCAUCGGCAAGCAGGUCCAGAUCCCACUCAAGAGUUCAGCGCAAGAGGGCCGGCACGGCGCGGUUCAUGCCGCAUCUAGAUGCAGAUGCGGGUUCGGGUCCGUUGGGCGCCGAUGUUCCUGUGCCUUCUUCGUCGAGGGAUGUGCUUUGUCGGGAUGGGACUGUCUAUGCGCAUGGAUCGCCGAGAACGAAUGGCCCCGUUAUGAGUGGUGGGUGUCCGAGACCGAAGCCGAGGCCGGAUUCUGUUGAGGCUCCGCGUGUCCCGGUGCGCAGGUCUAUGUUUUUCCUCGGUACUCCGCGCAAAUCGGAGAGGGCGAAAAGACUUAGUUCGAGGAGUGGGGAGGGCAGGGGUUUCCCGGCGGAUUCAGAUUUGAUUGAGCUUGUGCCGAGAUUGCAUGCAAGGCAUGAGAGUCUUGAUGAGCGGGGUGAGAGUGAGGAUCCUGAUAAGAUGGUUAUUCAUAAGGAAAUUCGGUAUUCGAUUCAAUAUGAGGAAGAUGAGGAUGUUCAAGGGAGGCCUUGUAAGCGGGAAGAUCCGAGGAAGAAUUGUAUUGAUGUUUCUGCUUGUGUAUAG